CGCCGGAACGUUUGUAGUGUAACACAGAGCUUGGCAGUCAUGUCGGCGCUCAAGUCGCGGUGCUUACAGUUAGUCAAAAUUUAGUUUCAGAUAACUCAUUCUGUGUAUUUUAGAAGUCAGAAUACAUAAAUUUAGAGAUUAUGUGUUGAAGGAAAGCGAAGUAUUGGUCGCAGUAUCGAUAAACUUUGAGGUAAAUUACCUGUCCUAGUCAUGGCAUCACUAUCAGAGGAGGUGCUUCUGGUGGUGAAAAAGGUUCGCCAGAGGAAGCAGGAUGGCACACUUUAUCUGAUGGCUGAACGCAUAGCCUGGGGUCCAGAAGGCAAAGACCGCUUCACUGUCAGCCACCUAUAUGCAGAUAUUCGCUGUCAGAAAAUCAGCCCAGAUGGUAAAGCAAAAAUUCAGCUCCAGCUGGUCCUUCACACCGGCGAGAGUACCACAUUCCACUUCUCUAAUGAGAGCACUGCACUCAAAGACCGUGAGGCCACCAAGGAAUUGCUGCAGCAGCUACUGCCCAAGUUCAAGAAGAAAGCUAACAAAGAACUGGAGGAGAAAAACAGGAUGCUUCAAGAGGAUCCAGUGCUUUUCCAGUUAUAUAAAGAUCUAGUGGUAAGCCAAGUGAUCAGUGCUGAGGAAUUUUGGGCCAACCGGUUAGGAGGCUUAAACAACACAGACCCCGCACUAUACAACAACAAACAGGAAGUCGGUAUAUCUGGAGCAUUUCUGGCAGACAUUAGACCUCAGACAGAUGGCUGCAAUGGCUUGAGAUAUAAUCUGACAGCUGAUAUUAUUGAAUCUAUCUUCAGAACAUACCCUGCAGUGAAGCAGAAGUAUAGUGAAAAUGUGCCUCAUAACCUGACGGAGAAGGAGUUCUGGACCCGCUUUUUCCAGUCCCAUUAUUUUCACAGAGACCGCAUCAACACAGGAACACAGGAUAUCUUCUCAGAGUGUGCCAAGCAGGAUGAAAAGGGCUUAAAGUCUAUGGUGGUUCAAGGAGUGAAGAAUCCUUUGGUCGAUCUCCUGUCAUUAGAGGAUAAAACAUUGGAUGAGGGCUAUGGAGUUUGCACACCACCAUCCUCAACAUCUAAUUCGAACAGGACGGUGAAAGAGAGCAGCAACUCGGCCAUUAUAAAGCGGUUCAACCAUCACAGUGCCAUGGUGCUGGCAGCAGGCUCACGCAAAGGGGAAACACCAACUGAUCAAGCCAGUGAGACAAGCAGUACAGAUGGAAACUCAAGGGAUUCUGACUUCUUUCAGCCUCCUGUGAAGAAGGUUAAAUUACAGGAAGCCAUAGAAUAUGAAGACCUGCAAAGGGAAAACGGACCAAAAACAGUUGCGUUAAACCUCAAGAAGUCUGACAGGUAUGCUCAUGGUCCAGUGCCACUUCAGUCCCAACAGUAUACAACUAGCCAGGAUAUCAUCAACUCUGUCAACUACAUCCGGCAUGAGAUGGCUAAUUACAAACCCAACCUUACUCAGGUGUUGUCCAGCACAGCAGCAACUUCUGCCAUCGCAGCGCUUUCUCCAGGUGGCGUCCUCAUGCAGGCAGGAGCGCAGCAACAAGCCAUAAAUCAAAUGGUACCUACUGAAGUUCAAGGAGAGUUGAAGCACCUUUAUGCAGCUGCUGGAGAGCUAUUGAGACAUUUCUGGUCCUGUUUUCCUGUAAACACACCAUUUCUGGAGGAGAAGGUGAUGAAAAUGAAGUCAAACCUCGAGAGAUUUCAGAUGACCAAGCUUUGUCCCUUUCAGGAGAAGAUUCAACGUCAGUACUUAAGUACAAAUCUUACAGGGCACUUGGAGGAGAUGCUGCAGACGGCCUAUAGCAAGUUCCACAUCUGGCAAACCCGACGGAUGAUGAGGAAAACCUGAAGUCUGACGGUUUGUCGAAGAGAGGACAAGGAAGACAUUAAAGUAUACGGACAAAUGGCCUGUGGAGGCCCUCCAGACUGCUGUGAAGAGACCACAGAUUACAGCCUGAUGGGACAAGGUUCACAGGGGCUUAUGAUGAGGAUAUAGAUGGACGCUGCUACAUCCCCAAAUGUCCAACAGAGACUAACUACAUCUCAGUCAUGAAUAACUGUAAUUAGUUUCUUUCUCUUUUGUUUGUGUUGUUUUUUUUUUUUCAACGGUUGAGAGAUUGGUGCCGGUAAUGGUUAACUGGGACUUCUACUAUGGUUUAAUAUGACCAAACUUUAGAUUGAAAUCAGAAAGGCUCUCAGGAUAACAGGCUGAGGUGUGAGAUGCAAGCAGAGGACUGGCAACAUGUUUCAUCAGUGCUCAGAGCAUUGAAAGAAAGCUUGGACAUACAAGGAGCUCCUCUGAGCACCGGCUCGAUUUAUGGAACAAGGUUCCUGAAAAUCUGAAGCGAAAGAGGAAGUGAAUAUAGCAAUACUGUAAAGACAUUUGACACUCGAGUGCAUUAGUGUGUGUGUGUGUGACUCAAAUCACACUGUCACUGGUUUGUAAUGUCUGCACCUUCUGUCUGCACUGAAGACAAAAAUGUUAUUCUGAAUUAAAGUGAGGCAUAAAGCUGUUGUUCAUGAA